AUCGGUGGUGCGCUGAUUCCCUCGGACACAGUGGAUCACCAAUCAACGGAAAGAGCUGAAGACGUGAAGCUGUGUCCAAUCACAGCUGAUCGCAUGGGACAUGUACACUGAUCAUCAGGGCACUGAUGAUCAGUGUGCCCUGAUGAUCAGUGUAGCCACAGCAGUGCCACCUGUCAGUGCUCAUCAGUGCCAGCUGUCAGUGCUCAUCAAUGCCACCUGCCAGUGCCCAUCAGUGCCUCAUCAAUGCCACAUAUCAGUGCCUACCAGUGCACAUCAAUGCCACAUAUCAGUGCCCAUCUGAGCUUCCUUUCAGUGUCACCUAUCAGUGCCAGUCAGUACCACCUAUCAAUGCCAGUCAGUG